GGAGGCAGCGACUUUCAGCGCGCACACACAUUAUGGACUUUCUACUCCUCUGCUGUGCCUUCCUCCUGGGCGCCGCAGCCUACAGCAACACCCACAUGGGCGCCGCCGCCUCCACCACCACUCACCUCCACUUUUACAUGGACGAUUUCUACACCGGCCCGAACCCCACCGCCUUGCGCGUCGUGUCCGGCCGCUCCCUCUCGCCCGACAACGGCACGGCGGCCACGUCGCCGCGGCAGUUCGGCGACAUCGUGGUGCUGAACGACCCGCUGACGGAGGGUCCCGACAGAGGCAGCGCCCGCGUGGGCAAGGCGCAGGGGUUCGCCGUGCGGGCGUCAGAGGGCGGCAUCGUAUCGGACCUUCACCUGCACCUGUUCCUGGAGGCCGGCGAGUACAACGGCAGCUCAGUGGCGGUGAACGGCCGCAUCGACAUGGACACCGAGAUGCGCGAGUCGGUGAUCGUCGGUGGUACCGGUCGGUUCCGUUUCGCGCGGGGAUACAUGCUCUCCCGGAACUACCAAUACGACCUCACCAAUGGCGGUGUCGUCGAGCUCAACGUCUACGUGCAGCACUAGGCGCGAACCAUGGACGCGCUCCGAUCACAGACUCGCGCGGCAUGCCGGCUAGCGCUUAUAAUCUGCACUUGGAGCGUGAUUAUUAUGUACUACGUGUGUCUCCUGAUUGUAUAGACCUUAAAUAAAUGCUACUUCCUCCUGUCCAUAAUAAUCAUGGUGAUUUUAGUUUAAAAUUUAGAUAAAUUUAAACUAAAACCACAACACCUAUUAUGUAUAGGAGGGAGUAUAUAUAUUCGCUGGGUACAUAUGUAUCCUUAUGAUAGAUGUUAAAUACGUGCAGUGACGGUGGAUCAAAAUCAGCAGGUUACGUGUCUAUGUCAUGUAAGUAAAUGUUCUAAUGUGUUACUCUUAAC